AGGGUCCCGGGGGUGUCCCGGGGCUCUGGGGGGUUCCGGAGGGUCCCGGGGGUGUGCCAGUGGGCCCGGGGCUCAUGGGGGGGUACCAGGAGUGUCCCGGUGGUCCCGGGGCUCUGGGGGGUCCCGGAGGGUUCCAGAGGGUCCCAGGGGUGUUCCGGGGGUCCCGGGGCUGUGGGGAGUCCCUGGUCUCUGUGGGGGGGUCCUGGUGGGUCCCGGUGUGUUCUGGAUCUUCUGGGGAUGUCCCGGGUGUGUCCCGGGUCUGUUGGGGAUGUCCCCGGUGCAUCCCGGGUCUCUGUGGGGGUGUCCCCGGUCUGUCCCGGGUCUUUGUGGGGGUGUCCCCGGUACAUCCCGGGUCUCUGUGGGGAUGUCCCCGGUACAUCCCGGGUCUCUGUGGGGGUGUCCCCGGUGUGUCCCGGAUCCCUUGGGGGUGUCCCCGGUGCAUCCCGGAUCCCUCGGGGGUGUCCCCGGUGCAUCCCGGGUCUCUCGGGGGUGCGUCCCGGGUCUCUCGGGGGUGCGUCCCGGGGGUCUCACGCCCCGCGCCCCGCAGGCAGCCCCGUGUCCGUGGAUGCGGCGCUGGCGGCCGUGUGGGCGCUGUUCCCGCGGGGGCUCUUCGGGGACGCGCUGCCCCCGCUGCUGCUGCGGCACCAGCUCUACGACGUGGUGCGGGACCGCACGGCCGUGGACCGGCACCUGAACCGGCUGCGGGACGAGGGGCAGGUGCGGCUGCUGCACCUGGGGCUGGGCCCCGACGCACUGGGCGUGGUGAGGACGGAGCUGUACCGGGACAAGGCCCUGCAGGCCGUGGCUGGGACCCCCCGGGAGGGGCUGGUGCGGCGCUUCCUGGACGAGGCGGUGGCGGCGACGCCGGAGCUGAGCUACGACCGGGGCAGGAUGGAGAGCCUGGGCUUCGGGGACAGCGACGUCACGCAGUUGUUGGUCUCGGGGGUGCUGAUGUUCCCCCCAUGCCCCCCCAGGCAGCUGGUGGUCUCGGGGGUGCUCACGGUGCGGGACGCCGGCAGUUGGUGGUUGGCCGUGCCGGGGGUCGGGCGCUUCGUGCGGGCCCUGCUGAGGGGCCGCCGGGCCCUGCUGUCGGUGGUGCGGCGCUCGCGGCACCGGGAGGUUCCGCUGCGGGAGCUGCAGAGGGCGAAGCCCCCCCCGGGCGCCCGCCUGGGGGUCCCGUUCCUGCUGCACGACCUGCUGGGGGCGCAGGAGCUGCUCAGUGUCCCCACCCCCGCGGGUCCCCUCCUGCGAUUGGCCGAGCCCUGAGCGGACCCUUCCCAGGAUGCCCCGGGGUGGCCCAAGGGGCGUGACCCUCGUUCAGCCACGCCCAUCCCGGUGAGGGGGAGGGGCCACAUCAGCCCCCGCCCCUUCAAACGGCACCGUUGUGGGUGUGGCCCCGCCUUAGCCCCGCCCCCCCGCGGGCCGGGGGGGGUCUCCCCAUUUUGUGUGGGAGCAACAAAAGUGCAAUAAAGCAAUAAAAAUGAUAAAAGCAGUAAAAUACAUUUAUUUUUA